UUUGACAGGCUUGAGAGCCUUACCGGAAUGCACGAGCUGCAGAGAAAGUGAACGAACCGACACAGAAAGAUGCAGGCGGACGAAAUGGAGGUACCUAUCAUUAAUAACAUUAACAAUAACUGCAACAAGCAAAGGCCUCUGCCGAAUGGGAGAGAUGUGUUCAAGAAUCUGCUGAAGGAUUGGGAGAGCUCCAUGGAGUCCCCUAACCUGGAGUUUGAGUAUGGGGACACAGACAGCCUGACUGCUGAACUCUCAGAGAUAUACAGUUACACGGAGGAGCCCGAGUUCGCCCUCAACAGGGACUACUUUGAGGAGGACUUCAGGAGCCAUGUGCGGGGGAGGAGGUGGAUUGAGCUGGGUCAGGAGCAGCAGAGGGCCUAUGUGAUGAGACUACUAGAUGCUCUGGAGGUCACUGACCGGGACAAAAGGCUGAAGGUGGCCCGGGCCAUCCUCUACCUGGCACAGGGGGUGUUUGAUGAGUGUGACACGGACACGGACGUGAUCCACUGGUCUCGCCACAACGUGUUCCUGCUGUAUGACAUGGGCGUCUUCACCGCUCUCCUGGAGCUGCUGAGCAUGGAGAUGGAUAACAACCAAGCCUGCAGCAGUGCAGUGAGGAAACCUGCCAUCUCUCUGGCGGACAGCACAGAACUCAGGGUCUUGCUAAGCAUCAUGUACCUGAUGGUGGAGACCAUCCGUCUGCAGACAGAGGACGACAGGCCAGAGUGGAGAACUGCCAGAGAGGCCUUCAAGACUGAACUGGGUUCUCCUCUGUACAAUGGAGAGCCAUUUUCCCUGUUGCUCUUCACCAUGGUGACCAAGUUCUGCAGUAUGAACGCUCCACACUUCCCCAUGAAGAAGGUCCUGCUGCUGCUCUGGAAGACCAUCCUGUUCACCAUGGGGGGCUUCGAGGAGCUCCAGGAGAUGAAGGUUCGAGGGAGAGAGAGGCUGAGCCUGCCCCCCCUGCCUGAGGACAGCAUCAAGGUGAUCCGGAGCAUGAGAGCAGCCUCUCCUCCAGCCUCGGCAAUGGAGCUCAUCGAACAGCAACAGCAGGCCAAGAGAGGACGCCGCAGCCGCAGGAGUGCCUUUGUUGAUAGCUUGGAAGGAGACAGUCCCUUUCCCAAGAAGCAGCCCCUGGUAAAGCAGGACAGCCUAGACACGUACAACGAGCGAGACCCCUUUAAGAACGACGACGCACGCGACGAGGAGGAGGAUGGCGAGGAAGCCGACAGUGGCAUCGAGGGCGAGGUGGACCCCCUGGACCGUGAUGUCAUCAUCCAGCCGCCACCCCCACCGCCCCCGCUCAGACCCCCCACUGAGAGAGCGUCCCUCCCCAAGGGUCUGCCCUGGGCCCCCAAAGUCAGGGAGAAAGACAUCGAGCACUUCCUGGAGACCAGCAGGAACAAGUUCAUCGGCUUCACUCUGGGAAAUGACACAGAGACACUGGUCGGUCUUCCUAGGCCCAUACACGAGAGUGUCAAGACCCUCAAACAGCACAAAUAUGUCUCUAUAGCUGAGAUGCAGAUCAAGAGGGAAGAGGAGCUUCAACAGUGCCCCAUGACCCUGGGAGAAGAGGAUGUGGAUGAGACCCCAACAGAGAUCCUGUAUCUGGGAAUGCUUCCUAACCUGUCUCAGUAUGUGAUUGCCCUUCUGAAGCUGCUGCUGGCUGCAGCACCUACCUCCAAGGCCAAGACGGACUCCAUCAAUAUACUGGCUGAUGUGCUGCCAGAGGAGAUGCCAAUCACGGUCCUCCAGAGCAUGAAGCUGGGUAUUGACGUGAACAGACACAAGGAGAUCAUUGUCAAGGCCAUCUCUGCACUUCUGCUGCUGCUGCUCAAGCACCUGAAACUCAAUCACAUCUACCAAUUUGAGAUUGUCUCCCAACACCUGGUGUUUGCUAACUGCAUCCCACUCAUCCUCAAGUUCUUCAACCAGAACAUCAUGUCUUACAUCAGUGCCAAAAACAGUAUAUGUGUGCUGGACUUCCCUCACUGUGUGGUCCACGAGAUGCCUGAGCUCACGGCUGAGAGCUUGGAAGCUGGAGACAGUAAUCAGUUCUGCUGGCGUAAUCUCUUCUCCUGCAUCAACCUGCUGAGGAUCCUCAACAAGCUGACUAAGUGGAAACACUCCAGGACCAUGAUGCUGGUGGUGUUCAAGUCUGCUCCCAUCCUGAAGAGGGCGCUGAAGGUCAAACAGGCCAUGAUGCAGCUGUAUGUCCUCAAGCUGCUCAAGAUCCAGACCAAGUACCUGGGCCGCCAGUGGAGGAAGAGCAACAUGAAGACCAUGUCAGCCAUCUACCAGAAAGUACGACACAGGCUCAAUGACGACUGGGCCUAUGGCAACGAUAUCGACGCGCGGCCGUGGGACUUCCAGGCGGAGGAGUGCGCCCUGAGGGAGAGCAUCGAGAAGUUCAACAGCCGUCGCUACGACAAGAACCAGAACGGCGAGUUCGCCCCGGUGGACAACUGCCUGCAAAGCGUUCUGGGCCAGCGUGUUGAGCUGCCGGAGGAUUUCCACUACAGCUAUGAAAUGUGGCUGGAGAGAGAGGUGUUUUCACAGCCUAUCCAAUGGGAGGGUCUACUACAACAGGCCCAAUGAGCGGGGAGGACACGCAUACCAGGGACACAAGCCUACGACUACUGUGAUCUUCAUGUAAAUAUGUGGCAGAAAUAGAACAUCAGUUUGUAGUCACCUGUAGCCAUGCAGAAAUUGUACAGUAACGGUAUAGACAGUAAUAACGAUGUCAUGGCAACUUGGCAGGAGCAGGCUCUUACAGUACAAGCUAUGUGGAAUACUGUCACUAUUCUGUCAGUCACAACAUCCAAUCCAACCACUAUGUCCAAACCACCAGUUCAUUUUUAUUCUCUCACUCAAUUUGAUUCGCUUCUGUGCUUUGUGGAAUAAUUCAUUUUAAAACCAUGGCAUGUCCUUUCUUUAAAUGAAUGAAGUACUGACACUGUUCUUAGUUUAUGUUGUAAUGUUUUGCAUGUGUAUUUAUUCAUGAUCACAGCCAUUAUGUUUUAGUUCGUAAAUCUCAUAGGUGCAGAUGAUAUUGUGGCUGAUCUAUAUAUUUCUAGACAAAAGGGCAUUUUUGGAAAGAUAGUACUGCGUAUUAACAGGCUAACAAUUGAUUGAUUGUUUUCAAUUAAAAUAGUUAAACGUAUACAAAAAUAGCUUCUUAGCAAAGAGCAAUUUCUCAAGCAAGAAUUUUGCUUGGACUGUCUGGGAGUGGUCUGAGUAGGGAGGGGAAAAGUAGCUGUUAUUGGCAGACAGGUUUUGAACUCUUUUAUCGUUCUAUUAACUCAUUUCCCCCGCCUGCGGAUGUCGCUAGGCAGACCAAAACUCCAUCCCAAAGAAACAGGAAGAAACAGCACUUACAUUUAAAGGGGCAUUAUCAUCAUUUUCACAGUAUUAUUCCAACCUCGUAGUGUGGAAAUGUGUAUAAACCACAGGAUAAUCACAUUUUUGACUGCACUGAGCUUCAAGGGAGAAUUGAACCACAUUUCCCCUUUCUAGGUUAAUCGUAUUUUAAUUUAUGUAAUCACACAGAUAUUCCUAUAAGUCAUUGAUCAUCAACUAGACGCGGGAUGUUUUUUUUCUUGAGCGGAUGGUCAAGGGGCCGAAACAACAUAAUUGCAAAUCAUUUGUAUACAUAAAAUUGACUGCAAAAACCUCAAACACAUAUAGGAUUUGACAAAGAUAAUAACUUCCAAACUUGCUUACAUUUGUAUGCGAUCCUGUCUCUCUAUUAUGCGUGGGAAUACUUGGGAACAGAUUUCCACAAUUAAAAUCACAUGGAGCUGAUUUCCUGGUGUUUAAAAAUGUUUAACAUUUUUUUUUCAUGUCCAACAAUGAGAAAAAAUCAAAUCACCCGCGGGCCAAAUUCGACCCACGGGCCCGCCUGUAAGUAAUACGUGGUAGUUAAUUUAUGUUUAUAAAGGUCUGUGAAUCCUUUGGCCAGGUGGCGAGAAAGGAACGGAUAAGGACACAGGAAAACCUUUUUGAGGCUGAUCUGAAGGGUUUGACCAGGGAUUGGGAGGCUUGAGGGGGGUUCAUCGGCCCAACGUGGGAAGGCUGUCUCUGGAUAAGUCGAGGGCAGUGUCCCUGACUCCCUCUGGGAACCCGGCGAGUCCUGUGGGCUUCACUCUCUGUCCUCCCAAAGGUGUCAUGGCUGUCUUGGUUUAGCCCUCAAUCCAGCUCCCCACAGCAGCUAACCUUGAAUAACAGCUGAAGGGAUACACCUGUCCUCGUAAGGCUGAUCUCCCUCGCUGAAUACACAGUAGUUGUCACACAACGGUGCUGAUUUUUUACGAGAUCUGUUAUCUAGUCAAUUUCUUUCAUUGUAAAAGCAGAACUACCGUGGGCUGUCAAGGCCAUUCAGUAUUCUCCGAAUGUUCUGUAACUUUCUCUUAAGGUUAUGGAACAUUCUCUGAUGACACAAGCACAUAAGACAUGAUCCUUUUUCAUAUUAUCUAGUGUAGUCUUUAGUGUUUCUCUCCGGGGAAUUUGUGUAGGCGGCCGAGAUGUACUUGGUUGUAUUAUAUUUGUAUUGAACGAUGACUGUGUAACUGUGUUGUGCUUCUUUGUGGAAUCUAAGUGUGCAUGGCUGCAGUUUUAUAUUUCUGUUUGAAUAUGUCAUAUUUAAAACUGUAUUCUGGAAUUUUAUACAAUAUUUCGAAAUGUGACUUUUGUUGAAAUUCCGUUUUUAGAACACAAAUUCAAAAUGUACUCUCACCCAUGAUUUGGUAUACGUAGGGUGUUUUGGUAAAUGUCUAUCGAGUCAGCACCAUGUCUCAAAAGACAUGUCAUGUUUGUCCCACACAGGUGAAGACAAAGUCAUUUGACUUUCUGAGUUUUCUUGAAUGCAAAAGCUUUCAAAAAUAACUGCUUAUCUUGAGGAUUCUCAGGUUCAGAAUGUACAAUAAUUGUAAAGAUCAACAACUAUGGCUUCCUCCUCACUACCUAUACAGUAUGUAAGUACGAGUGGAACUGGUGGAAUAGCAAUAACAUGAUCCAAUCACAAUCUAAGCAUUGAAAAGUAGUCUAUACUUUGAUUGGCACAUGCAGUAACCUAACACAAUGUUGAUCAUUUCUUUAGACUUGUUGCAGUUACUCCUGACUUUGUUUCAGAAACCCUAACCUUGUGCCAAAGUAAUGAGUGCCAGUUUUUGAUUAUAAAUGAAUGCCUUACUCAGAGCACCUCUCAUUCGAAACAAUGCAAUAUCUCUUUUUCUACAUAAAAUCACUGGAAAUACUCUACAGUACAUGUAUGUAUGAGUUCUGGCAGUUGGAGGAUGUGUUCCUAGAUGUGUUUUACAGUGUUUGGAUAUUGCUAUUUGUGUGUUUUUUUUGUUCAUAAUUAUAGGACAGUGUAAAAAUAAUAAUAUUGAUUUUGUUCAGGGGUAUGUGCAAUGACUGUCCUGUACAGCAGCAUUAUUCCGUUGAAAGACAUCAGAGUUGAAACUUGUAAGAUAAUUCUGUCCUUCGUUAUACUGUAUUUUCUAAAUAAAGAGAUCAAUGGUUUUAAUUAGUA